AUGUCUACUGAAGGUCAUUCCUCUGCGUUAAAUUCAAACAACAACACGAUGAAUUCAGAUUACAGUUCAAGUGUAUCUGUUGAUCGAGGAAAAAGACCUAUGUAUGAAGAUGAUACUUCACAAACGAAAUCGCAUGAUGUUGCUUCUUCGAGUUCUGCUGGUCAUUCAUCGUCUAAUUCUGUUAUUCUGCAUUCCGAUGGUGUUCAAUUUGCCGGUGUAGAUCACAGAGGUCGUGUAUCUAGCAAAAUAUAUAUCACUCCAGGCGGAACGAGCUAUUGGAUACCUGAUGUUCCUGUUGAGUUAAAACCCGUUUUAGGUCGUUACUAUGAUACUUGGGACGAUGUUGUCAAUAUGUAUGACACAUAUGCUGAUGCAUCUGGGUUUUCUACUCGAAUAGGCGCUACAAAACGAGUUCAAGGCAUCGUCACACAUAAAUAUAUUGUGUGUAACAGGGCUGGUAAACCAAAGCUGCAAGAUUUUGACUCGAGUACUGUUAUUGCUGUUUCAAAUUGUCGUCGAAGCAGGUUCAAAGUGACAAAUUGCAAGGCACGUAUCAAAUUAAGUGUGGAUCCUAUAACAUCAAAGUUUUGUCUAUAUGGAUUCGUCGAAGCGCACAACCAUUCUCUUGUCGAUACAGACAACAUGGAAUUCACGAAAAAAAGAAGGAAGCUCGAUUUCUUUGAUCAACAAUUUAUUCACAAGCUAAGCCUAAAUAAAAUUGGUGCAACUGUUGCACAUAGGCUACAAUGUUCACUGAAAGGUGGCCACCAGAAUGUUCGUGGUACUAAAACAGAUUACAAAAAUGCUGCUAGGGAUAUACGGCUUUUUAUUGGUGAACGAGACGCACAAAUGAUUGUCGAUACGAUGAAUGCUCGUAAAUCGAAUUUGCCCAACUUCUUCUUUGAGUUUACGGUAGUUGGAAAUGAGUUAAGGUCAUUGUUUUGGGCUGAUGAUGUGUCGAAAUGUAACUACGAGGCGUUUGGUGACGUUCUAGGUUUUGAUGCAACAUAUCAUACAAACCUGUAUAAAAUGAUCUUCGUGCCUUUUACGGGUGUGGACCAUCAUAAAAAAUGUGUGACAUUUGGGGCAGGACUUAUAUAUGACGAAACUAUCGAGUCUUACAUAUGGUUUCUUAAAAUGUUCCUCAAAGCUCAUAAAAAACAACCGUUGUUGACCUUAACCGAUCAAGACGCAUCCAUGAAACAGGCUGUUGCUACUAUAUCGGGUGACUCAUCAUCAAAUGCUGAUCUACGUAAAUCGAUACACAAAUUGGUAUGGAACCUGUUUAUCACACCUGCAGAAUUUGAAGAAAGAUGGCAGAUACUUAUGAACGGCUUAGAGUUGAGUGAUAAUAACUGGUUGAAUGAAAUGUUUUCCAUUCGUGAUCAAUGGGUCCCUUGCUAUUUUCGAGAGGUUCCUAUGUGUUGUUUGAUGAAAACAACGUCUAGAUGCGAGAGCUCGAACGCGCUGUUUAAAGUACAUUCCGGUGGAACCAAUACUUUGGUGCAGUUCAUGAUGUGUUUUGAUACAACAAUCGAUGGUCAGCGUCAGAAGCAGCGCCAAGCAGAGUUUGACAGUAACACGACAACGCCGUUUAUGCCUAACAAGAUUCCUAUAGAGAUGCAUGCCUUUGAUAUAUACACCCGUACAAUAUUCCUAGAAGUGCAGAAGGAGAUUUACAAAGGAUUGACACACUGUUUUAUAAUUAGAUGCGAGGAACUUGAUGGUAUUAAGUUCUAUACUAUUGCACAUACGAACAAGAGUUGCAAAAUUGUCAAUGAAUAUAAGGUUGAACUUGAUGUGCGCGAUAACACGGUUUCUUGUACGUGUAUGUGUUUCACUCGUAACGGCUACUUGUGUAGGCAUGUUUUUUGUGUAUUCAGAUUCAACCAGAUUGAUAAGAUUCCUGAUAAAUAUCAGUCCAGCCGGUGGGAUAGGGAUGUGCUUCCAAACAGGGUUCAUGCUAUUUCAAAUAGAUAUGCAGCUGACAAUGACCCAGAGUCUGUAAUAAAGAACGAGAUAUUUGAUUUGAUUGGUCAGUGUACUAUCCGUUUGAGACGUAAACCUGACAAACUGUCUGCGCUAUCUACACAAAUAAGAGAGAUCAGAGAUAUCAUAUACGAGGAGUUUCCAUCUGAACCAGAUUGUAACAAUAAGAGUGCGGUUAUAAGUGAUAUCAUCGGGCAGCCCGAAAACGUUGAAGUUACUAUUCACCCACCACAAGGCAUCAGGAAUAAAGGGUGUGGCACCAACAAGCGGCUAAUUGGUCCGGGAGAGAAAGCUGUAGAGAACCACAAAAAGAACCCGCGUUUAUGUCAUCGAUGUAACAAGUAUGUGUAUGAUCAUGAUAAACGUAACUGUGCGAAAGUGCAAGCUGCUAAAGAGGCGGCAGCAGCUGCUGCUAAAGAGGCUGCAGCCGUAUCUGGUUCUGGUCGUUAA